CGGGCUCCUGUCAUUACCGCGGGGCGGCAGGGCACCUUCAGAUCAGCAUGAGGGAGUGCCUUUCUGUCCACAUUGGCCAAGCUGGCGUCCAGAUUGGGGAUGCUUGUUGGGAACUCUAUUGCCUGGAACAUGGGAUCCAGCCUGACGGCGUUGUUCUCGACGGUGGGAAGGAUCGGGUGGCACAUAAAAUGGAGCUUGCGGGCGCAUCUUUCGAUUCCUUCUUUUGCGAGACAAGAGCUGGGAAGCACGUGCCCAGAGCCCUCUUCAUGGACCUGGAGCCGACGGUUGUAGACGGAAUCCGCGCAGGCAGGUACCGCUCACUCUUCCACCCUGAGCAGCUGGUGAGCGGAAAGGAGGACGCUUCAAACAACUACGCCCGAGGUCGCUACACUGUGGGGCCUGAAAUUGUCGAAAUUGUGCUAGAGAGGCUCCGAAAGCUGGCAGAACAGUGCAGUGGGCUUCAGGGAUUUUUGAUUUUCCGGAGCUUUGGAGGAGGCACUGGUUCGGGAUUUACAUCUCUUUUGAUGGAGCAGCUCUUGCUGGAAUACAGCGGGAAGACUAAACUGGAGUUCUCCGUCUACCCAGCCCCCAGGAUCUCCACUGCCGUGGUGGAGCCUUAUAACUCCGUCCUUACCACACACCCCACCAUAGAGCACUCAGACUGCACCUUCCUGCUGGACAAUGAGGCCGUCUAUGACAUAUGCCACCACAAACUUGACAUUGAACGCCCCUCUUACGCCAGCAUUAACAGGCUGGUGAGCCAGGCGGUCUCCUCCAUCACGGCUUCCCUCCGGUUUGAGGGGGCCCUCAACGUGGACCUAGUGGAAUUCCAGACCAACCUGGUCCCUUACCCGAGAAUACACUUCCCCAUGACAAGCUUUGCCCCCAUCCUCUCCCCCGACAACGCCCACCACGAGGAGCCCUCUGUGUUAGACAUCACUGCUGCUUGCUUCCAGCGCUCCAACCAGCUGGUCAAGUGCGACCCUGGCCUGGGGAAGUACGUGGCCUGUUGCCUGCUCUACAGAGGGGACGUGGUCCCCAGAGAGGUCAACGCGGCGAUCGCGGCCGUCAAGUCCAGGGACUCCGUUCAGUUUGUAGAUUGGUGUCCCACUGGCUUCAAGGUGGGCAUCAAUGGUCAUCCCCCCAGGGCGGUGCCAGGAGGGGACCUGGCCGAGGCCCAGCGGGCUGUCUGCAUGCUGAGCAACACCACGGCGGUCGCGGAGGCCUGGGCCCGCCUGGGCCACAAGUUCGACCUCAUGUUCGCGAAGAGAGCGUUUCUGCAUUGGUACAUCCGGGAGGGCAUGGAGGAGGGCGAGUUUGAAGAGGCCAGGGAAGACUUGGCCGUGCUGGAGAAGGACUAUGAGGAAGUGGGGCGGAGUUUCUGAUGCACAGCCGACAGGUGCGCCUGAGCGCUCCGGUCAACGCGCAUGCUCUACUCUCGAUGGGUAGAGUUCCCCGGAUUAGAAGAAAAAGGAACUGAAGCAAGACCCUGAGAUCCACCCCCAUCAGAUGGGUCCGUGUGGACAGCGAGCGGACACGCCUGCCUCCGCAGGUGCCGCGCAGCCCCGCUCCCUGUGCGCCUCCAAGGUUUGGAGUCCUUUCAACUUCUGGGUCUCUUCUUUUCUUUUUCCUCCUUUUUGGUUGGAAUGGAAACCUGGCUUUAUUCUCCGCUUUUUCAGCCAAGUGUCUGUGGAACCGCAGAGUGAAUGGUUCCCCUUCCCCGGAGCUGAGGCGGAAACCAGUGCAGCAGGAUAAUGGGUGUCAUUCCCCCCGCGUCGCUGUCCUGUGCGUUGAUGAAGCAGUGACUCUUUUCAGUCCUUUGCUUCCUCCAGAUGUGGGCCUUCCCGUCUCAGUCUGCUCUCUAUACAAACAAAGGAGCAGCAUGUUCUCGGACAUUUCAAACGUGAGAAUCUGUGUGUCCUGCAGCUGGGACGGGCAAAGUCAGUUCUUUCAGCCCCUCUGUCCUUGAGGACAUGUUCUUGACGCACAGCCAGCAGAGCCCUGCAUCCGAACCAUUUAAGAGGUUUAGGAAAAAAAUGCAGAUGCUCGAGCUUCACUGCGGACUUGCUGAGUGAGAAGCCCUGGUGUUUGGAUGGAGGGGCACCUGAGGAUUUAAGUUCAAAAACCACCUAAUGGGAUUAACUUUUUUGUAUUAAACUGCCCCGUGUUUAAACAAGUGAUAAUUUAAAAUGGACUCGGGAGUUCCCGUCAUGGCUCAGUGGGUUAUGAACCUGACUAAUACCCAUGAGGACUCAGAUUUGAUCCCUGGUCUUGCUCCGUGGUUAAGUGUUGCCAUGAACUGCGGUGUAGGUUGCAGAGGAGGCUCGGAUCCUGCGUUGCUGUGGCUGUGGUGCAGGCCGGCAGCUGUAGCUCUGAUUCGACCUCUAGCAUGGGAACUUCUGUAUGCCACACAGGCGCCCCCCCUCCAAAAAAAGAAAAGGGACAGAACAGCUAUAAAUGCAUUAAAACCAAUAGCAAGAUUUUAAAAAAUCUGGGACAUUUAGCCUACUGGUUGACAGGAAGGUGACCAGGUGAAGGAGAUUCAGCAGGUGUGGCACUUGAGUGGCCUGUAGGUGGGUUUCAGGUGCCUCCUGCAUUACAGGGCUUACCCGUCCGCUGGGGGCUUCCACGUGGUCAGUGCUUUGGGUCCGGGCAGGCAGCUGAAGUAACAGUCUCCAAAGCCUUGGCUGGAGGCCUAACGCUGAGGGUCUUGGUGUGAGAUUUACUCAAGUGAAACGCUAGCACCUUCUUCCUCGAGCCACCUGGAGCCUGGAACUGCCCCUACAUUUCGGACACUUUGCUGGGAGCUGCCCUUGCAAACCAGAAUCACUGUGAUGAGAUUUGGCUUUCGAGAGCUCCAUUCCAACAACCUACCACUUUCAACAGCUUUUCAACUCAAGCUGUUGUCUCCAUGACUGCAGUUUGGUGGAAGUGACAUUUCAUUACUUUUCACCAUGUUCUUCUGCAUUCCCUUCAAACCAGGAGUCUCCCCUCUUCCCAGCACGUGCUUUCUCGCCUCUGCCGCUUCUCCUGGCGUUCUCUCUUCUUCCCACCUCUUUACACCGUGUGAUGUAAUUCCUACUCCAAACCCAGUUCAGGCGUCACCUGUUCCAAGUAGCCUCUUGGGAAUCCAUUUACUCUGACCCUGGGAGGUAGGCGGAGUGGAGAAACACCAUGAAGUUUUUCACUAUAUUGAAAAUACUGCAGUAAAUACUCAUUGAUGGCGUGUCUUUUCCUGUGAAUAUCCUAUAUAGUGCUUUGAACUUUUAUUAGGCUUUUAUACUAAGUAAAAUCUUCUUCUAUGUG